GUUCGGGUCCUCUCGACUCUCGGCUCUUCACACCCACACGUCUUACGGAGCUUUACCCACCAUGGACUGGACUUCUGACGGCUCCAGUCACUCGGGGGAGGGCUGCCACCACGGACAUGGGCCUCACUGCCACAGCCACAGCCCCAGAUCGAGUGCCUUUUCUGGUGGAAUGAUGUUUGGAUUGGCCCCUGAGAGCACCAUGGAACAGCCCAAGAAAAGAUCCCACCUGGAUGAGAGCGGCAGCUGGGACAUCAUCAAGGCAACACAGUUUGGGGCGUUGGAUCGCUGUAAGGAGCUGAUUGAAGCUGGUUAUGACGUGAGGCAGCCGGACAAAGAGAAUGUGACAUUACUGCACUGGGCCGCCAUCAACAACAGACUGGAGCUCGUCAAGUAUUACAUCUCCAAAGGAGCAAUAGUGGAUCAGCUCGGAGGAGACCUCAACUCUACUCCUCUGCACUGGGCCAUAAGACAGGGGCACUUGCAGAUGGUGAUUCAGCUCAUGAGAUAUGGAGCCGAUCCUUCCAUCGCCGACGGAGAAGGGUAUAGAGCUCUACACCUCGCCAUACUAUUUCAACAUAUGGCCAUCGCAGCCUACCUCAUGGCUAAGGGACAGGAGGUAGAUACCCCUGACUGCAAUGGACAGACACCACUGAUGUUGGCUGCUCAGAAAAUCAUUGGGCCUGAGCCGACUCACUUCCUGGUUCGUCAUGACGCCAGUGUCACGGCUGUGGACUCCUCGAGCAGAAACACGCCGCUGCACUGCGCUGUUUUAGCCGGAAACGUCGACGCUGCUCACAUCCUGCUGGAGGCGGGAGCGAGCGUGGACGCACAGAACAGCAAUGGCCACACUCCGCUGGAUCUGGCUCAUCAGGUGCACAGCCCUCUGCUCAUUCACAUGUUAAACCUCAUCAAACAGGAGAGGGCACACUCCAGCUCCCGCUGCCUACGCCUGGCUCACAGUCACAAGACAUUUGUGCAGUUUGUCAUCUGCACAGCCCUGUUCGGAAGUAUUGGCGCCAUUUUGGAUCUAAACUCGGAAUCGUGGCUCCUGAAGGGAAUUCUGUUGGCCUGCAUCAUCGGAGCCAGCAACCUCGCCUCACGACACAUGCGCAGCCCAGUGUUCCAGACAGUGCUCCCAUCCGCGGCGCUCGUGGCCUCUGUGUUCUGGAUGCUGGUCACAUGGUUCCUCUGGUUCCUCCCUGAGACUCCAGGGGCCCUGGUUCAGAUCCUGUUCACUCUAAACUUCACAUGUCUCUUGUAUUUUUACUUUCGCUGCUGCAGAACAGACCCAGGAGUGAUCAGAGCCACAGAGGAGCAGAAGAAGAUGAACGUGUUGGUUUUGGCUGAAGCGGGCUGUUUGGACCCAAGAGUGUUUUGCACUUCCUGUAUGAUAAAGAAGCCAGUGCGGACAUACCACUGUUUCAUCUGUGACUCAUGUGUGGCAAAACACGACCAUCACUCCAUCUGGACCAACUCCUGCAUCGGUGCGAGGAACCAUCCCCUGUUCAUUCUCUUCCUCCUCUCUAUGUCUCUGAUGGGAGGGUGGAUGUUCUAUGGCGCUGUGCUCUUCUGGCGGUCCCACUGCCCCUCCCUGCCCUCUGAGGCCCAGCCGUGGUCGCUGGUCUCUGGGUGCGUCUUCUCCUCCCCCUGGGUGCUCUCGGUGCUCCUGCUCUCUUUCUACCACAGCUGCUGGAGCUCCAUCACUCUGCUCGUACAGCUCUAUCAGAUCUCGUUCUUGGGUUUGACCACAUCUGAAAUCAAGAGUCUCGGAGCUCAUCAGAGAAAACUACGACAAAACAUGUCCCUGAGGCAGAACCCGUACAAUCUGGGUGUGGUGAGAAACCUGGUCAACUUCUUCCAGCUCAGAUGUUGUGGACUUUUCAAGCCGUCAAUUGUCGACUGGACUCAGCAGACUUCACUGGACCAGAGUCUGUUUGGACCCAACAACAUGGUCUAACCAAUGGGAGGGCAGCUUUAGGGACACGCCCACUGAUGGACCAAUCACAGAGCUGCUAUAGACAAAUUUCCAUUCUGACCAAUGAAAUGUCUCUACCACUUAUUUGGACCAAUCCCAGGCUCCGUUUUGAAGACCCACACCCAUCGACCUAUCGCAGUCCUGUUCUCAAGACCUGCUCACUUCUUCAACCGAUCAAAGCUCCUUCAGGAUUUAAACCACUACCGCACAACUGUUUGACCAAUCAGACAGCGUCUUUUGAGAUGCGUCCACCAAAUCUGACUAGUCACACAACUAAGGACCAAAGCACAGAGCUGUAUUAUUUAUUUUUGUAGUUUGAAGGUUCAAUUCCUGUGUAAAUUCUGUGAAAGAGCUGCUGCCUUAAAUUGUAACCACUGACAUUUUUUUCUUUUUAAUAAUAUCCAAAAUUACCUGAAACGUCUUUUAAUGGAGACAUAUUUUGCUAAAUCAACUUUUAAGAGCCAGGUUAUAAUAAUUUCCAUCUCCUCUGAAGUUGUAUUUAGAGUUACUCAUGCAUGUUUGGGUAAUCUUUAAUUUCCUUUAGUCAACACGAUCUGCCCAUAGACUGUAUAAAGAAGUGGACUAAGUGAGUGCGACGUCACCCAUAGCGUUCGGCUCCAGUCAAAUGAAGCUCAUUGAGACUAGCAGUUAUAGGGGCAAAUUUGGAGCUGAGUUCCAUAUUUGGAGUUCUGAGUAUCAUAGCAACCAAAGAGCCAAUCUGAAGCGAGGCUGGUAACGCCCCUUCCCGCCCACACUUCUGAUUUAGUAGGGAGUGGGCGCUUUGAUUAAUUUGAUUCUGCUAAAUCAGAAUCAAAUUAAUCAAAUUUGUUGAUUAUGCAAGUGCGACCUCGGCAAAAGAUGGUGCCUGAUUUGUCUUUUACUAACGUUGGUACCUUGAUUUACGGACAAAAUAGCCAAAUAAAAAUAUAGAUCCAGGUUAAUACAGCCCUUAUAAGACUAAAAUGGCAGUUACAAAGAGAGGGGUGACAGUUUUUCAAUAGAAAGUGGAUUGGAGCCAAUCAAUAGAACCAUAUCAUUCCCAUGGUCACUUCCUGUUUGGAACGUGGCGGCUAUUGGAUUGUCUAUGUCCAUUUAUAUAUACAGUCUAUGGAUCUACCCCCGUAUUCAAAACAACUAGCAUAGCCCCACUUUUGUAUAGUUUAGUCUGCAAUUUUAUUCUUACACAUAGGAUUUGGCAGUGUCACAUAGUCAUUUUGGUACAAAUGAAAAAAAAAAAAAAAUCUGCUGUUCGAUAGUGUGAUGUACAACUAUCCAGGGGCCGACAGCAUGCAGUGCAGUAAAAAUCUAAAUACAAAAGUUAUUAGAAUUGUGUAGUUCAUAAAUGAAUAUAUUAAGAGGGAAACUGCCCUGAUUUCUGAGCACACAAAACCUCUUUGUUGCCAGCAGAAGGUGCAGGAGCUGGACCUGAGCAGUUAAAUUAAGGCUAAAGAUGAUGCCUGUGUUUCAUGUUUUUCUAUGGCACAGUCAGGACAAUGUGUCAUAGUGGAAAAAGGGAUAUUUGUACAUGUAUGGUUUUGUAAAAGUUGCAUGUUUUUGUUAAAAUGACCUCUAACGGUUCAAUAAAUCAACAACGUGCCUGUCUUUUA